UGUUUAUCAUUUUGGCAAUAUAUACCCUGUUUGAGUAGAAGCCUUGCAAGUAUUUCUGACUAGAGAACUAAAAAAAGGAGAAAGAAAUGGCUUCCUCUAUGAUCACCUCCUCAGCCGCCGCCACCACCAUUAAAGGUGCCUCUCCGGCACAGGCCAGCAUGGUGGCUCCAUUCACCGGCCUCAAGUCCAUGGCUGGCUUCCCAGUUAGAAAGGCCAACAAUGACAUUACCUCCAUUGCAAGCAACGGUGGAAGAGUACAAUGCAUGCAGGUGUGGCCUCCUAUUGGCAAGAAGAAGUUCGAGACUCUUUCAUACCUUCCACCACUCACCACAGAGCAACUCUUAAAGGAAGUAGAAUACCUUCUUAGGAAGGGUUGGGUUCCUUGCUUGGAAUUUGAGACAGAGAAAGGCUUUGUUUACCGUGAGAACCACAAGUCACCUGGAUACUAUGACGGCCGGUACUGGACCAUGUGGAAGCUGCCCAUGUUUGGCUGCAGUGAUGCUGCUCAGGUGUUGAAGGAGCUUGAUGAGGCUGUGAAGGCAUACCCCAAUGCUUUCGUUCGCAUCAUCGGAUUCGACAACGUUCGCCAAGUGCAGUGCAUCAGCUUCAUUGCUCACAGGCCUGCAGGCUACUAAGUUUGAAAUCUUCAUACAAAAAGGCAUUUGUACUUUUUGGCAUUUUUGGUUUGAGUUUAAGAUUUGCAUAUGCAAAUGUAUGUAUAAGAUCUCAUAAAUGAAUAAUUGCUUUGUUGCCAAAUUUCUUAAAAACACAUUAUCUUGGUUCU